AUGAGGAAAGCAUUUACCUUCCUUCCAGGCCAUCGCUCGAAUGGGCAAGAUACUACAUCAGCCAAAGGCGACACUCAUUCAACCCUCUCUAAGCGGCGAGAGCAACUUCGAAGAGCUCAGCGCUCGCACCGUCAGCGGAAGGACCAGUACUUCAAGAGCCUCGAGAGGGAAGUCUUGCGCCUACGCGCAAGCGAAGUGGAUUUGCUCGUGCAAGUUCAGAAUCUUCGCGAUCAUGUCGGCUUACUUCAGGGUAUUCUGGAUAAAAAUGAGCUAUCAGUGCUCGCCACACUUGAUGGUGAGCUAGAGGCAACUGAUGGCAGUGAUGCAGACUUGAUCGGGGCCAAGGACUCGACUCAUUGCCUUGAACAUGUCGACAAUGGACUGAAAUUUGCUGAAUCCAAAGCGGGGGUGGUCAGACAUCGGACCACUCUCCACAAGCUCAUGGCGACAUCAUCGAGUCAACAACUAGCCAACAGCCGGCCCCAUUUCCCUGUCCAGCAACUCACCUUUCUCUUUGCCAAUCAAGGCAUUCACAACCGAUACACGCCGACCAGUUAUCUAAUCGAGAAAUGA